UGAGUCGUGGUCCCAAAUUAUUGGCAAAUGUAUGCAGUCCGCAUGGUCAGUACCACAAUUCAAUGCUGAUUAUCGUUGGAUAUUGCUACUGUUGGCACGAGUCUCGUCAUCUUUUUCGUUUGAUAUGCAGCGUGUCGGUACUGCACAUCUCGAAGCCUACAGACACAUUGCCUUACCAAGCUUUUAAGUGAGGUUUAUACCAUGAUGAUUCAAACCAGUGCCCUUGCUCGAAAUUUAGUCGGUACCUAGAAAAGCCGUAGUGUCUUACCACAAAAACCAACUCUCUGGAUCUGCUGUAAAUCGGAAACAAGUUAUUAUGGCGGUGUCGACGCAGCCCUGAUCCAAAGGCUCUUUUCGACGCACUGUUGCUUCCCCAAGUGUUCUAUCUCUUUCUUACAUUAGGAGUCGGUUGUCGUGCCGUGAGACGAUACAAUUGGUAAAAGAUCCAACAAUUAUAGUGGGCUCCAGAACUUAUCUCAUUCUACUACUGAAUCUGUCGGGGUCUUGGCGAGCAGAGUGGCUUGAGAGAAGACACUUGGUGCUCAGAAGAGAAUCGUAUUGACUUGAGACUCGUAAGUCUGGAGGAAGCGGUAGAUUCGUUGGCCGGUGCAGCAGUGCCGCUGGUGGGGUCUCACGCAGCAAUCUGAAGCUUGACGCACUCCCAAACCAGGGAGUUUCAGGAUUAUAGAGAGGGGCCUCUCGUUAGGCAGCUCAUGAAAGUCGACAUUUCGAAAGGAUAUCCUUCAGCUAUCAAAAAUAACUACGACCUCAUAUCGUUUCCUACGGACGCCCACAGAGCAAUGGUUGAAAAUGGUGAUUUGAUGUACUCGGGGAAGGCCCCAAAGAAAACUCGCGCCAAGGAAAGCUCCAGAUUCUUCGGCGUUCGGUUCAGGAACGAUCUUCAGAAGUGGGUCGCAGAAAUCCGAGUCGCAGAAUGGAAGAGCGUCGACAAGAAAGUUUGGUUGGGAACCUUCGAUAGCGAAGAAGGUGCUGCUCGCGCUGUAGAUGCAGCCAGGAAACUUCUCAAGUGCAAGAAGAAACGUGCUUUCAAUAUCCAUAGCCCUGAGUUGGAGGCAUUCUCAGAGAAAGAAAUGAUUCCACCACACUUAAAUUUAAAGGAUCUCCGGGACGAGUCGAUGUUCAAAAAUGUCACCGUCUUCAUUAAAAGGAAAGCCCAAGAGUACGCCGCAAGUUUCAAUCCUUACAUACUCACUGAAAGCUCAGAGCCCCUUUCAACUUUCACUCACGUCGAUUUGGAUUCUAGGCCAUAUGAUAUUUCGUCGCAGGAGGAUAUGACAGUCGCUACACCCUCCUUAAAAGUAGAAAAUUUGAAUGAUUUUGAGGAUGCCCACUAUUCUGAAGUCGCAGGUCCAUACUCCGACAUGUGCUCUACAUCAGCUAGCAGUUUCAGCCCUCCGUCACGUGUCUCAGAUGGCUGCUGGAUCCGAUCAGGGACAUCUCCGGAGGAUAAUACUAACUGGUUCCAGGUCGAUGCAUCUAGUUUUGAGCACUGUCAAGAUGGCGGAGGUUAUGGCUGUUUCGAUUGGCAGGAACUCUCUAGUAAAAGUUCGUCCCCACACUCUGAUGAUGCACUGGAGCACGAGGCAACUACCUCACAUUGUCUCACACGGCCGGAGGAGCAGGAACUUGCUUGCUCUGAAAGUUCAAGAAUGGAGGCGAUUCCAUUGGAUAUGUGGGAUAUAUUCCUCGAGACAUUCUACUCUGAAAGUCAAGCCAAUCUGGAUCAGACAGCCAUGGAUAUAUCUACUGGACACGAGGAACAGCUCAAUUUCGACAUCUACACACCUAACCGAGCGCUCCUGCCACAAAAGCAGCUGCCUGAAGAGAACAUGGAUUGGCAUUACAACUCUCUUUCAAGUUUGAAUCCAUGUCUCAUGAAUCCAUUUGAGUUUACACAGGCCGUCUACUAGCAAAUCACUAACUACUGUUGUGACCAUCGAUUACUCUAAAUCUCGAUUGACGAAAAAUUGUCUUCAAUGGAAGGACAAACCUAAGUAUUCGUAGGCUUGUACAGUGCUUGCAUACUUGCAUGUAUCAUAUUCUUUUUGUAAAAUAUUAUUUUACCAAUUUAUUGUGUGGAAGUGUCCAAAUUUGGGCUUC